UAAGAGAUAAGGAAGAGCGGGUGCCCGCUCCGCGCGGAGUCCGGGCUGCGGCGGCUCCUGCACUCGCCCCACGCGGGCACCGGGACUGCUCCGCCGCGCCACGGACUGCCCCGCACCAGCGCCGCGCCCCUGGGCUCGCAGCCUCUUUGCUAGAGAGUUGUGUUUUUUUUCCUCCUUUUUUUUUUUUUUUUAUUUGAUUUUAGCGACAGCUUUGCCAGUCUCCUUUGGGGUCUUAACACGCAAGCGUACACCAUUUCACUGUGGACAUUACACCCUCUUACAGAUAUGGGAGACAUGGGAGACCCACCAAAAAAAAAACGUCUGAUUUCCCUAUGUGUUGGUUGCGGCAAUCAAAUUCACGAUCAGUAUAUUCUGAGGGUUUCUCCGGAUUUGGAAUGGCAUGCGGCGUGUUUGAAGUGUGCAGAGUGUAAUCAGUAUUUGGACGAGACCUGUACGUGCUUUGUUAGGGAUGGCAAAACCUACUGUAAAAGAGAUUAUAUCAGGUUAUACGGCAUCAAGUGCGCCAAGUGCAGCAUCGGCUUCAGCAAGAACGACUUCGUGAUGCGGGCCCGCUCCAAGGUGUACCACAUCGAGUGUUUCCGCUGCGUGGCCUGCAGCCGCCAGCUCAUCCCCGGGGAUGAAUUCGCGCUGCGGGAAGACGGCCUCUUCUGCCGGGCGGACCACGACGUGGUGGAGAGGGCCAGCCUGGGCGCGGGGGACCCGCUCAGCCCCCUGCAUCCCGCCAGGCCACUGCAGAUGGCAGCAGAACCUAUCUCUGCCAGACAGCCGGCUCUUCGACCCCACGUCCACAAGCAGCCCGAGAAGACCACCCGAGUCCGGACUGUCCUUAAUGAAAAGCAGCUUCACACCUUGAGGACCUGCUACGCUGCUAACCCCAGACCUGACGCCCUCAUGAAGGAGCAACUGGUGGAAAUGACUGGCCUCAGCCCCAGGGUCAUCAGGGUCUGGUUUCAAAACAAGCGGUGCAAGGACAAAAAAAGGAGCAUCAUGAUGAAGCAGCUCCAGCAGCAGCAGCCCAAUGACAAAACUAACAUCCAGGGGAUGACAGGAACUCCCAUGGUAGCUGCUAGUCCCGAGAGACACGACGGAGGUUUACAAGCAAACCCAGUGGAAGUUCAGAGUUACCAGCCGCCUUGGAAAGUCCUCAGUGACUUCGCAUUGCAGAGUGACAUAGAUCAACCUGCCUUUCAGCAACUAGUUAAUUUUUCAGAAGGAGGACCAGGUUCCAAUUCCACCGGAAGUGAAGUAGCAUCAAUGUCCUCUCAGCUCCCAGAUACACCUAACAGCAUGGUAGCCAGUCCUAUCGAGGCAUGAGGAACAUUCAUUAAGUUUCUUUUUUUUUUUUUUGUCGUUGUUUUUUUCCCCCAUCCCCUUUGGAGAGAGUGGGAAAAAGUUAUCACGUUGGGACUCCGAAACUAAAACAAACACAAAAGUAUUUAACAACCCUGUAAUGAACCUAACAAAGACCGCUCCAUGAGAAAGCACGGAGUCUUGUUUGAAAUGACAAGGUGAUAUGGUAGCAACACUGUGAAGACAAUCAAGGGAUCUUACUAGAAUAAUCAUUUUAAACAAACACAAAGAAAAAGUAAACGCGCUAUUCAGUGAUCGUAGGAGGAUCGAACAGACGUUUUUAAAAACGUAGAGGAUUUGUAUUCCCGGAUCUCAAAAAAAAAAAAAAAAAAAGAAAAAAAAAAGAAAAGAAAAAAAGGAAAAAAAAAAGAAAAAGACUGAACAUCUUAGAGAGAAACCAAGAUAGAGAGACUUUCUAUCUAAAUCCAUCCUAAUCCGAAUGGUGCUGUUUCUAUUCUGGUCAUUGCCUUGCCAAAAAGGAGCUCCAGUAGAUCACCCAACACCAGGAAAAAGACAAUCUAGCCCCGCAUGGCUGAAAGAUUCAUUGCAGGAAGGUGGAGCUGCAUUGGUUUGCAAUGGUUUCUUUUCUUUUCUUUACUUUCCCGCCCCCGCCCCCCUUUUUUUCUUUUAGUUGACUUUUAACGAGGGGUUGUUUCCUGGGUCUCUGAUAGCAUGUACUGUAGCUGGGGUUUUAUUUUUGUUUCGUUGAGAUCCAUCCUCUAUCAAGAAGUCUGAAGCGACUUUAAAAUAGGUUUUUGAAUUCCUAUUUAAAAAAACAAUUUAUAAAAGCAUUGCAACAAGGUAUACCUCUAUUUUGCCACAACGCGUUUCGGGAUUGUGUUUGAAUCGUGUCCGUCCAAGAACUUUCCCCCCCAAAGAUGUGUAUAGUUAUCGGUUAAAAACGACUGUUUCUCUCUCUCUCUCUCUCUCUUUCUUUCUGUCCUCCCCCACCCCCCUUUUCUCUCUGGAAAUAAAGAGGAAAAAAGGAAAAAAAAAUGUUUGCUCUUGCAUUGCAAAAUUAUAAAGUAAUUUAUUAUUUAUUAUCCGAAGACUUGCCACUUUUCUUGUCAUUUGACUUAUUUUUUUUUGUUUGCUGAAGAAAAAAAAAAAAAACCAGAAGAAAAAGGUUGUACCGUGGUCUUUGAAUUAUAUGUCUAAUUCUAUGUGGUUUUGUCUUUUUUUUUCCUUCUUAAAUAUUCUGUGAAAUAAAAGCGCCAUAUGUAGAAUGAUUAUAUCUUCAGGACUAUUUCACUAAAUAAGCGUUUGGAAUAGAGAAAAUAAGACAAAAGGAAGGAAAAUCCCCUCUUUUAUAUAUUUACAAGUUAGCAGCUAAAUACCUGAAAUAAAAUAUUGCAUGCAAAUCAGGUCUUUCUCCAAUACAGUGAGUGUGAUAUUUUAUUGCAAGUAUUAAGGAUCGGCUUGUAAAUUCCGUUUCAACAAUUAUAUCAGGGCUAGAUUGAUGCCUUAGCUUUCAAUUGAUAACACGACGAGCUUUCCCGUUCCCCCUCCUCCCUUAAAGUGAUAUUACUCUAGGCAUGAACUGACAUCAUGUUAAAACACGUAAAAACCCUCAGUUUUUCUGAGCUUUAUUAUUAAAAAAAGAAAAAUAAUAAUAAAAAAAAGAAAACAAGUGCUGUAUACCAAAGCCUGGUUGUUAAGAUUGUUGAAGUGACCUGUAUUUAAAGCAUACAGAUAAAAGGGAAGCAUUUCGCUUAGCAAGUCAAGUAUGAUCAUUAUUUAUCUGUGUCUGCUGUCAAACCGAUUGAAAAAUGCUGCAGGAAGAACGGGGCUGAGGGGAUGUCUCUCUGAAAUCGCACGAUUGGCGUUUCUUAUUUUCUUUUCACUUCCUUUCCCCCUCCCUCUUUUCUUCCCCCUUUUUUUUUAAUUCGCAGGGAGGGGGUUGGGAGAUGGUGGUGAAAGCUAGAAACGUGGGCGAUUUCUUGGGGAAAAGCAGAGGGAAAAAAUAGGAAAGAGUUGUUUUUGCUCCAAUUCAAGUAUUCCCCUGUGCUCUCAGCCAGCACAGGACAAAGGCUCGCUUUAAAAAAUCCUUAACAACUGGAAUAUACAGAUUUCUAGUCUGACAAAGACAAGUUGGUUUGCAUGAUAGUUACUCCAAAGCCUCAUGUUUUCUUAACAUAACCUUCCUUUCUUUCCCCCACCCCCAUCCCAACCCACCCCGAGCAAGCUAAGCUAUAGACAAACCAUUUCGACAUUAGGAAAAAAAAUAAGGUUAAAAAAUGUCUAAUAGAAAGAUUUCGACUAUCCUGAUUAGAAAACUGGAUUCAUUUUGUAUGCUCAAGUGUAAUACAUUUUUGAAUACUUGAUAAAUAUUUAAAUAAAUAUGAAAUCUACAUUAAA